AGGGCAACCUUGACUGCAAACCACGAUAUCGAUGCCUAUUGUGCAGUUUACGCCCUUUUCUUCGCUUGUUGAGCCCAACUUCUGGCAUGCCCUUACCGACCUGAAGAUUGACGUUCUCCGAUUGUCAGAGGAUUCUGUUUCGAUCACUGGCUCGUACGCUUCGGGCCGCUCGUUUGUCGAUCGCGAGACAGGCAAGGAGAUCGCAUUGGGAUGUACGGUGGACAUUGGCGGAGAGGCGUUCAGUAAAGACGUUCAGGUACCACCGCAUUCCAUUACGGCCACAGGUAUCUUCAAGAACUAUAACACAAUAGAGGAAUUUAAGGCAGCCGAUAAGACUGCUUCAUUCAACCAAGCAGCAGAUGAAGUAUGCAUAUAUGGGCCAGUAUCGAGAAAGGAUCAACCUCUCUGCUGACUCACUUCCUCCUGAUCACUUUCGCUGAUCUGAAGAAGUAUAAGUACUAUUACUGGUUUGCUUUCCCAGCCUUUGUUACGAAACCUGCCUGGGAAGUCGACGGCGACUGGAGAGGGGCAUCGGACCAAUUUAGCAACGAAGCGCUGAACACUAUCUUCAACACUGUACACCUAUCACCAAAACCUUUCUUCCUAGUGAGAACAUCAGGCAAAGCACCAGAAAUUGGACCCAUAGAAGAAUACGAUUCAUUCUUCAAAGGUGUUCCAACUAAUGAACGUACAAUAGCCUUCCUCGAUCCAUCUGCAGCACCCUCUAACCCAGGUUGGCCACUCCGAAACCUUCUGACUUACCUCCGAUACCACUUUCCGUCGGCCGCUUCGGAAGGAUUCCGUGUUCUAUGUUGGCGUGAUACAGAACAUGUCCCUCAUGAUGGUCGUUGGAAAAGUCGGUUUGGGAUUGUCAGAACUUCGGGUGAAGGGGGCAAAGACAGGCCGACUGCUGUUGGAUGGGAAAAGAAUGUGCAGGGCAAACUUGGACCAAGGGUUGCGGACCUUGCGCCCAUGAUGGACCCUAAGAGACUGGCCGACCAAGCAGUGGACCUCAAUCUCAAACUCAUGCGAUGGCGUAUCCUACCAGCUUUAGAUCUUGACAAGAUCGCUUCGACCAAGUGUCUUCUUCUUGGCGCCGGCACCUUGGGGUGCUAUGUAGCCCGAACGCUGAUGGGAUGGGGAGUUCGAAAGAUUACGUUUGUUGACUCUGCCCGUGUCUCGUUUUCAAACCCCGUUCGACAACCACUAUUCGAGUUCGAGGAUUGUCUAAACGGUGGGAAGCCUAAGGCAGCGUGCGCUGCUGAGAGACUCAAGAAGAUAUUCCCCGGUGUCGAUGCCAGUGGAUUCAACCUCAGUAUACCCAUGCCCGGACAUCCGAUACCCCCAGCAUCAGUUGCCCAAGCGAAACAGGACGUGGCUACUCUAGAACGACUGACUGAUGAGCAUGAUGUCGUUUUCUUGCUUAUGGACUCAAGAGAGAGCCGGUGGUUACCUACUGUGUUAGGAGCCGCUAAGGGGAAGAUCGUCAUGAACGCUGCCCUUGGCUUUGACACCUAUCUCGUUAUGCGACAUGGCGCUCGUGCUUCACUGUCGAAGGGAACUCGUCUAGGAUGUUAUUAUUGCAAUGAUAUCGUUGCUCCAGCUGAUUCUCUUACUGACAGAACACUUGACCAAAUGUGUACUGUAACAAGACCUGGUCUUGCUUCAAUUGCUGCAUCCACUACUGUGGAGUUGCUCGUGUCCUUGCUGCAACACCCUGACGGAAUUAAUGCUCCUCCGCCCCCACCACAACGUGAAAAAGACAUCGAUGAAGAUUCUGCUUCCCGAAGUGUUCUCGGUUUGGUUCCUCACCAACUACGAGGGUUCCUGGCUGAAUUUAGGAACAUGCCGAUCACUGGCGCUGCUUAUAACCGAUGCACUGGAUGCAGUGACACUGUCAUUGAUGCAUACGAGACCCGGGGAUUUGAGGUCCUUCUGAAGGCGUUCAACGAGACAGGAUUCCUCGAGUCUUUGACAGGUUUGGACAAAUUAUACGCAGAGGGGGAGGCGGCACUAGAGAAUGUGGAUUGGGAAAUCGAUGAUGAAGAGAAUGACAUGUAGAACUGAUAAGUAUACCCCAGGAUCGGAAUUGCAUUCAAUGUAUUGGUAGUGCAUGUACCCUUUUUACCAUGAGAACGCUGGACAUGAGAGAGUAUGGGAAGGAGGGAGAUAAGAUUAGAUGAUGUUUUGAAGUGUUUUGGCGAUGCCACCUCACGAAAGUUGAGCGACGUGUCAGAUCUAGCAUCUACAAGUACUCUCUUCCUCCC